AAAAUAUUCCGUUGAGAGUAAAUCUAUUCAUUUUUAGAUAAAUAAAACGGGACGCUAUGAGGACAAUUCAGUACGUCGUGUUUGCCAUUUAUUUUACCUGCUCUGUCGCGUUUCUGCCGAACCCGUUUUCGGCAAUCAACAUCAAUGAUUACACACAUACGGAUAUCACAGAAAUUGGAAUAUUGAAGGCUGUGGCUCAGUUUUUCGAGGAUAACCCUGUACAGCAAUGCCAGCCGUGUUCCAAAGGAAGUUUGACCGGUAUAACUGAUAUAACAGCCAGGAAAUUGUACGAUAAAUACUAUGGAGGUCAAGUAUCAGAAAAGAGGUUUCAAGAGGCAAUAGAUGACAUCGUGAAACAGAAUAACAAAGUGGAUCAAGAUCACUACACUGAGGCCAUGUGGCACUUCAACGGAGAGAAGAUUACUGAAGCAAACGCCAAAAUGCAGACAUUACGAGACACUGUGAUACAGAUUCUAAACAAUACGGCACCAAAUUAUGACGCUGCCCGAGAAGUGAUCGGACAAUAUCUCCACUUACUUCAGAUGUUUUACAGUAACUCCAACUGGAUAGAACUCAGCGGUUCUAUAAUCUACAGACCAUUAGGCCUAACUGGACAACCAAUAAUGGCUACAGCCCCGCCGUCCAUUGACACGUGCAGAAGUUGCGGAGCCACGUUACAUACAGACUGCACCUCUAACAUUAUAGUAUCAAGAAAUUUCCUAACAAGUAGCUACAAGAGUGGACAGGACGUUACAAAACCAACCAGUAAGUACAUUUUACGGGUAUUCAAUCAGACUGGAAUAAAAAACGGAAUGCCUAUAUGGUCUACUUCCCGCGAGUUGAUGGAAAGAAUGAAAAAUCUGUCGUACGGAAGUGUAUCAUGUGGGCCACUUGACAUCGUUUCGACCACCUCACGUGCUAGUGGUGGUAUCAACAAGGACUCCAUGGAUCGGGAAUAUCCCGCAUCUCUUCACGAAGAAGGCCGCCGAAGCGCUAUAGCAAACACGAAUUUUCUUGAUGAUAAAAGCUUAUCUUUGUUUUCUGUAGAAUAUGGGUUGAGGUAUGUUGUGGGCGAUGAACCGUUCCAAGAUCUUCUACAAAUCAGGGCCGGUAACUCUCUCGUGUUUGUCAUCGACACAACGGGAUCUAUGGGUAAAGAUAUUGCUGCAGUACAAACCAAGACAGCCGAGAUAGUGCGGGAAACACAGGGUACUGCUAAUGCCCCGUACAACUAUAUUCUUGUCACUUUCAACGAUCCAGGCAACUUGACCACAGUACAGAAGACCAAAAACCCAGAUGACAUCCAGAGUUGGUUAGGGGCAAUAAAAGUACAUGGCGGAGACGAUUGUCCGGAGUUCUCACUGACCGGUAUACAAGCAGCUUCCACUGUUGCUAUGCCGAACUCACAGGUUUUCGUUUUCACUGACGCCACACCAAAAGAUCCCCAGAAAAUCAACUACAUCACAAGCUUAAUCACAGAGAAGAAACUGCGCGUGCAGUUUCUCGUUACUGGCACGUGCACUAGGCGCAGACGAAACGUAAAAUCAGUGUUUGGUUCAAAGCAAAACUUCUAUAAGAUAAAGGCAUAAAUUCGAUUUCAUGAUAGCUUGAAAAGUUUAGAAAAACAAUUCUUCUUUCUGUGGUAACUGAAAAUAAAGAUAAUUUUUAAGGUAGAA